UUUACUCGGGCUGCUGUUCUCGCGCGCUCACGUUUACUUUGUUCUACUUUGCGCGUCCCCGCGCUGUGCAGAAAUACGCUCUCGCGGGAAACUGGCUUCGGAUUUAUUAGUUUGGCCGUUUAUUAUAUUUGUAAUAAGUCAAGCUAAGAUUAAACAUCAAUGGAGUUUGGAGCAACUACACACAGAUGAGAAACGGAGACGUGAGGACGACCUUCAGAGUUUGAUUGGAUUUGUGGGAUGGAGUCUUCAUAUAGAAAACGCUCCGGUUCACAUCGCUCCGAAGACACCGGAGUGCAUGGAGUGGCGAGUGGCUGCUCAAUCGUGAAGAAGAAGAGCUCGCACAAGCACAAACACUGGCACGGAGCGGAUCACAGCGAUCAAGUCGGACCUCCUCAGGAGAACAUCGUGGGUUGUCGAAUCCAGCACACGUGGAAAGAAUUCAGCUACAGUCCAGCUUCGCAGUGGUCGGGGACGGUGCUAGUGCAAAUCCUAGUGAACCCUUCGCUGUACCUUAUCAAGUAUGAUGGCAUUGACAGCGUCUACGGCCUUGAGAUUUUCAAAGACAAGAGAGUUGAAAAUCUGGAGAUUGUACCCGCUAAGAUUGCCCCGUUUCGGGUGAGUGACAGUCGUCUGGCGGACAGGCUGCUGGGCCGGGCGGUGGGACAUCUGUUUGAAACGGAAGACGGGUCGAAGGAUGAGUGGAGGGGUUUGGUUCUCUCUAGAGCUCCCAGUAUGCCCAAGUGGUUCUUCAUCACGUAUGAGAAGGACCCAAUACUGUACAUGUACCAGCUGAUGGAGGAUUAUAAAGGAGGCGACCUGCGGGUUCUGCCAGAUACAGAUGAUCCAGCAGAGUUGUCAGAGCCGGGCAAAGCCUUCGACUCGCUGGUGGGCAAACAGGUGGAGUGUUUGAAUAAAGAUAACGCACAGAAGAUGGGCACCAUUAUCCAACAGGUUCAAGCUAAACCGUCUGUUUACUUCAUCAAGUUUGAUGACGACUAUCACAUCUACGUCUAUGACAUGGUCUGAUCAUGAGUUUGCGGAAUACUCCAUCUUUAUUUUCAGUGUUUUACAGUCAGUUUCUGUGAUCACAUUUUGUUUUUAUCUUUUGCUAUGACAAGACGUUUGUUGUUCAUGCAUGUACUUUAUAUGUAAAUGCUCUGAUGCUUCAAGUGUCCUUCUCUCUUGAACUACUGUAUGUUGAACACAACUUUGAUGUGUUUGAAGAUACAUAACGCUGGUCUGAUUAAGGGCAUGUGUGUUGUCAUCUUUAGACACAUGCUGAACUUAAAAGGCUGGUCGUGAGUGGACCGUUUGAGUUUAACAGUGUUGUUUGUUUCAAAAACAUGUUGUGACCUAAGAGUAACAUCACUUCAACGUUAAACUUCUUGCACUGUAAAUAAUAUCUCAGUCUCUUCUGAUAUCAUUCUGAAAAGAGACAAACUGUUAAAUGCAUUAAUAAUAAACACAAU